AUGAGUCAUUCAAUAUUACCCGGAACAACGGGAAAUGAAAAAGGAGGAUUAAUAAUACGAAAAAAAAAGACAGAUGAUGGAUCUAGUAAAAGUGAUAAUAAAAGUAUUUUAGGUCUUGAUAAAUUAGCUAUAAAAAAAAGAGCAGAAAUGGGUCAAAAAAAUAUACGAAAGAAGGAUUAUGAAGAUGACUAUGACUUGACACCACAAAUUUCAGAUACAGCUUAUAAAAAAAUUCUUGAUAUUAGAGAGAAACAUAAAGACAAAAGGGGUAUACAUAUUGAUAAUAAAUAUUCAGGUAAUCGUGAUUAUGAUAGAAGAAAAAGAUCUAGAAGUAGAGAUAAAUCAAGUAGAAGAUAUGAUGAUGAUAGGAAACGUUUUAAAGUACCACAAACUCCUAAAUAUAAUAUUUGUGAUACACCUUCACGAAGUUAUUGGAAUGAAGAUAGUCGUAAGAAAGAUUAUAAAUUUAAAGAACCAUCAUCUUCACGUUCCUCUAGAAGUUCAUAUGACUCAGAACGAAGAAGGACUAAAAAAAGUUAUCAUGAUACAAGAGAAAGUUCUGUUGACAUGACACCACAAUAUUUUAAUGAAGAGGAUAAAAAACAAUGGGAAGAGGAACAAAAUUUGUUAGAACGUGAAUGGUAUGAAAAUGAUGAAUAUAAUCCUUUUGCAAAUAUUCCGGAAGAAUUUGUUCAAAAAAAAGAAAAACAAUAUAAGAAACGUAUUGCUGAUAGAAAACGUAUGACUCAUCGCCAACAACAAAUUAAAAGAGAUAAUGAUAUGUGGGAAAAUAAUCGUUUAACAACAUCUGGUGUUGUUCAAAGAGUUGGUGAUUAUGAUGAUGAUUUUGGUGAAGAAACAGAUGAGACAGCCAUUAAUUUAUAUGUACAUAAUAUUAUACCACCAUUUCUUGAUGGUAGAUUUGUAUAUACAAAACAAACUAAUCCUAUAUUACCUAUAAAAGAUAUAACAAGUGAUUUAGCUGUUGUUGCAGCAAAAGGAAGUAGAUGUGUUAAAAAAUGGAAAGAAAAUUUAGAAAAAAUUAAGGCACAAGAAAAACAUUGGCAAUUAGCUGGUACUAAAAUGGGAACAUUAUUAGGUGUUCAAGAUGAUAAAAAUAUUAAUCAAGAUGGUGAUGUAGAAAAUAAUUAUAAAGAAAGUCAAACAUUUAAACAUUUAUUAGGUGAUAGUAAAGAUAAUGCUGUAUCUGAAUUUGCAUUAGAAAAAACAAUUGAUGAACAAAGAAAAUUUUUACCUGUAUAUAAUGUUCGUGAUAAAAUGUUAAAAAUUAUACGUGAAAAUAAUGUAAUAAUUAUUGUUGGUGAAACUGGAUCAGGUAAAACAACACAAUUAACACAAUAUUUACUUGAAGAUGGUUAUGGUAAAUAUGGUAUGAUUGGUUGUACACAACCUAGAAGAGUUGCUGCAAUGUCUGUUGCUAAAAGAGUUAGUGAAGAGAUGGGUGUUAAAUUAGGUGAAGAUGUUGGGUAUGCUAUAAGAUUUGAAGAUUGUACUAGUGAAAAAACUAAAAUAAAAUAUAUGACUGAUGGUAUUUUAUUAAGAGAAUUUUUAAGUGAUUCUACAUUAGAUCAAUAUAGUGCUAUUAUUAUGGAUGAAGCACAUGAAAGAAGUUUAAAUACUGAUGUAUUAUUUGGUUUAUUAAGAGAUGUAACAAGUAAAAGACUUGAUUUAAAAUUAAUUGUUACUUCAGCUACAAUGGAUAGUGAAAAAUUUGCCAAUUUUUUUGGUGGUGGUACUCCUAUUUUUGAGAUUCCUGGUAGAACAUUUCCUGUUGAAGUUUUUCAUGCUCGUAUACCAGCUGAUGAUUAUGUUGAGGCUGCUGUCAAACAAUGUAUUACUAUUCAUUUAGGUGGUUUACCUGGUGAUAUACUUAUUUUUAUGCCUGGACAAGAACAAAUUGAAUGUACAUGUGAUACAGUUAAAGAAAGAUUACUUGAUUUAGAUGAUGCACCACCUCUUGAAAUUUUACCAAUUUAUUCUCAAUUAGCUUCUGAAGCUCAGGCAAAAAUAUUUCAAAAAUUUAGUAAUGGUAUUAGAAAAGUUAUUGUUGCAACAAAUAUUGCUGAAACUUCACUUACUGUAGAUGGUAUAUUUUUUGUAAUUGAUCCAGGUUUUUGUAAAUUAAAAGUUUAUAAUCCUAAAAUUGGUAUGGAUGCUUUACAAGUAUUUCCUAUAUCACAAGCAUCAGCUAAUCAACGUAAAGGUAGAGCUGGUAGAACAGGACCUGGUUAUUGUUAUAGAUUAUAUACUAAUAGACAAUUUAAAGAAGAAAUGUUAGAAACAACAGUUCCUGAAAUUCAAAGAACAAAUUUAAGUAAUGUUAUUUUAUUAUUAAAAAGUUUAGGAGUAGAAGAUUUAUUACAAUUUCAUUUUAUGGAUCCACCACCACAAGAUAAUAUGCUUAAUUCAAUGUAUCAAUUAUGGACAUUAGGUGCAUUGGAUAAUGUUGGAAGAUUAAGUGAAAAAGGUAGAAGUAUGUCUGAAUUUCCUUUAGAACCUACAUUAUCUAAACUUUUAAUUAUGUCUGUUGAAUUAGAAUGUAGUGAAGAAGUUUUAAUUAUUGUUUCAAUGCUCUCUGUUCCAUCAAUAUUUUUUAGGCCAAAAGGAAGAGAACAAGAUGCUGAUGGGAGAAAAGAAAAAUUUCAAGUUGCUGAGUCUGAUCAUCUUUCAUAUUUACAUGUUUAUACACAAUGGAAAAAUAAUAAAUAUUCACAAAAAUGGUGUACUGAUAAUUUUAUUCAUUAUAAAGCAUUAAAAAAAGUAAGAGAAAUAAGAGCACAACUUAAAGAUAUAAUGGAUAAAUUAAAAUUACCAUUGAUAUCAUGUGGUACUGAUUGGGAUGUGAUAAGGAGAUGUAUAUGUUCAGCAUACUUUCAUAAUGCUGCUCGCCUUAAAGGUGGUUCAGAGUAUGUUAAUAUCAGAACAGGUAUAGCAUGUUUUUUACAUUUUACCUCAUCUUUAUUUGGUAUGGGUUACACACCAGAUUAUGUUGUUUAUCAUGAAUUAAUAAUGACAACAAAAGAAUAUAUGCAAUGUAUUACAGCAGUUGAUGCACAUUGGUUGGCAGAAUUUGGUGGUAUGUUUUAUUCUGUCAAAGAAGGUACAGCUCGAACAAAAUAUGAAAAUGCUACUGAAAGUAGAAGGAGAAUGAAUGAAUUGUUAUUGGAAACUGAGGCAUCAGUUCGUCGCUAA